AUGGCUCAUUUGGAAGCUUCACUAGGCAAAGAUGUGAUAGGAAAAGACGGUAGUACUGUGGAGGUCAGUUCGCUGGUAGACUAUGAACUCUUAGGUGUAUACUUCUCUGCCCAGUGGUGUACCCCUUGUCGCAACUUUACACCUGUACUCACUGACUGCUACAACAAAUUAAAUGCAGCAGGUAAAAGGUGGGAGAUCAUUUUCAUCAGCCUGGACAAAGACGAGGAGACCUGCAAGGAACACUACGAAUCUAUGCCCUGGCUUCUAUUUCCGUUUGAAAAUGAUUUGAAGGAACAACUCUCAGACAAGUAUGGAGUCACAGCAAUUCCAACACUGCUUUUACUUGAUCCAAAAACUGGUGACCUAGUUUCAGACAAUGGAAUCGAUCUGGUGGAACAAGACCCAAGUGGAGAUAAAUUUCCUUGGAAAUAG